AUGUCACGGCCAGGCCAGGGUGUGCUGGUGCCAGUGAACGGACUGGGCUUCCCGCCGCAGAAUGUGGCUCGGGUUGUGGUGUGGGAGUGGCUGAAUGAACACAGCCGCUGGAGACCCUACACUGCUACUGUGUGCCACCACAUUGAGAACGUACUCAAGGAAGAUGCUCGUGGCUCCGUGGUCCUGGGGCAGGUGGACACUCAGCUUGUGCCCUACAUCAUUGACCUACAAUCCAUGCACCAGUUUCGUCAGGAUACAGGCACCAUGCGGCCUGUGCGGCGCAACUUCUAUGACCCGUCGUCGGCGCCAGGCAAGGGCAUCGUGUGGGAGUGGGAGAACGACGGAGGCGCAUGGACGGCCUAUGACAUGGACAUCUGCAUCACCAUCCAGAACGCCUACGAGAAGCAGCACCCUUGGCUCGAUCUCUCGUCGCUCGGCUUCUGCUACCUCAUCUACUUCAAUAGCAUGUCGCAGAUGAACCGUCAGACGCGCAGGCGGCGCCGUUUGCGCCGCCGCCUGGACCUGGCCUACCCACUCACCGUCGGCUCCAUCCCCAAGUCACAGUCUUGGCCUGUGGGCACCAGCUCUGGUCAGCCCUGCUCCUGUCAGCAGUGCUUGCUGGUCAACAGCACGCGUGCCGCCUCCAAUGCCAUCCUGGCCUCGCAGCGCCGCAAGGCGCCUCCUGCCGCCCCGCCGCCGCUGCCUCCCGGAGGGCCUCCAGGCGCGCUAGCUGUGCGCCCUAGCGCUACCUUCGCCGGCACCGCGCUCUGGGCCGCUCCCACCACCGGCCCCACCGAGCCCUCGCCGCCCCCAGGGGCGCCUCCACGGAGUCCUAGCGCUCCCAACGGCGCGCCCACCCCUGGGCAGAACAACCUCAACCGGCCGGGGCCCCAGCGUGCGACCAGUGUGAGCUCGCGCGCCUCCAUCCCUCCGGGGGUCCCUGCACUCCCGGUGAAGAACUUGAAUGGUACCGGGCCGGUCCAUCCGGCCCUGGCAGGGAUGACCGGGAUCCUGCUGUGUGCGGCUGGGUUGCCCGUGUGCCUGACACGGGCCCCUAAGCCCAUCCUGCAUCCGCCACCCGUGAGUAAGAGCGACGUCAAGCCAGUGCCCGGCGUGCCGGGCGUCUGCCGCAAGACGAAGAAGAAGCACCUCAAAAAGAGUAAGAACCCAGAGGAUGUGGUCCGAAGGUACAUGCAGAAGGUGAAGAAUCCACCUGAUGAGGACUGUACCAUCUGCAUGGAACGACUGGUCACUGCCUCAGGCUAUGAGGGUGUGCUAAGGCACAAAGGUGUACGGCCGGAGCUCGUGGGUCGCCUGGGACGCUGUGGCCACAUGUACCACCUGCUGUGCCUUGUGGCUAUGUACUCCAAUGGCAACAAGGAUGGUAGCCUGCAGUGUCCUACCUGCAAGGCCAUCUAUGGGGAGAAGACAGGCACCCAGCCACCUGGGAAAAUGGAGUUCCACCUCAUCCCCCACUCGCUGCCUGGCUUUGCAGAUACACAGACCAUCCGCAUCGUCUAUGAUAUCCCCAUGGGCAUCCAGGGCCCUGAGCACCCCAACCCCGGCAAGAAGUUUACAGCGAGAGGAUUCCCACGGCACUGCUACCUGCCUAACAAUGAGAAGGGCCGGAAGGUGCUGCGGUUGCUCAUCACGGCCUGGGAGCGGAGACUCAUCUUCACCAUUGGAACGUCCAACACCACAGGCGAGUCGGACACUGUGGUGUGGAACGAGAUCCACCACAAGACCGAGUUCGGAUCCAACCUCACGGGCCAUGGCUACCCAGAUGCCAGCUACCUGGACAACGUGCUGGCUGAGCUCACAGCCCAGGGUGUGUCCGAGGCUCCAGCCAAGGCCUGA